GGUUGACGAGUGUAGGCGCAAUUCUGAAAUAAAAGGAGCAAGAAUUAGCUAACUACGUUGGUCAGCUUUUAGUACGUAUGUUAUAAGAUGACCCUAGUUAGAUCCUUGGAUUCGCUUUUUCCAUUGGUUAAUUUUGAGGCUUCAAAUAUUGCUUCCUGGUACAACGAUAUUCUACAUAUAAACAUCUCGACAGUAGAGCAAUGGAAGGAGUUGAAGAUGAGAUCUUAUAUGGGUGUUGCUGCAACAUCUGUAGAUUCCCCUUAUCUCAUCCAUUUGUGCUACAAACCCCCAAGUGGACCUAUUAAAGCUAAGUUAUCACUAGUUGGAAAAGGAUCAACUCUUGACAGAGAACAAGUUGUGGUGGGAGACAUGAGGGUUAUCAUCAUUCAAGCUAUGCUGCAGUAUAUGCUUAUAGAAAAAAUAGCUCUGUAAUUGAUUUAUAAAAUGCUUAUAACAAAUCAGCAAACUUUAGGAUAAUAAGACAAUAUUUGAUAUUAAGAAA